AAAAAAAAACUGGGCCUAAAAGACGCGACGCUCCGACACGGGAUGCUAAAAAAAGCAAGGCACGGUACGAAGGUCAAAGACGUACUUCUAGCGCAUGUUUACAUUGAAAAGCAAUUGAAAAACUGCGCAGACGGACGUAAAAAUGUGUUCGAUGUGAACGGCCCUUGGGAAGUUUCACUUUGUCAAAGUGAGGUGAAAGAGUCUGAAAUAGAAUCUCUUCGCUGUUCUUAUUAGCGAAAAAAUACAUCCCGUCGCCUACAGUUCUUCCGUAAAGUCUACUGUUAUGCAGGGCUGCAGGGAGCUGUGUGAGGAUUCAACCCCUCAAUGCUCCGCAGAAGAUGACAUGACAGAGGGGGACCUGGGUGAUGGCAUGGGGGCCAGAUCCUCAGCACAUCAUGACAAAAGCCAUGUCCCACAGACCAAGAGCAGGGAGAAAUUUUUGGACUUCCUGUCCCAGUCAAGGCCACAGAAAAGGGGCAGUGAGGGUAGCAAUGCACCCUUCUCUUGGACACCAUGCAGAGCUAUGUACAAUGUUUUUAGGGAAGAAAUGGAAGCCGAACGGGUUACACGAUGGCAGAAAAGGCAGUCAGAAAGCUCAUCUGAGGACACAAGUGAAGAGCUGCAAAGAAGACUACAGGAUGUCACAGAGGAGGUGGAGCUGUUACGCACUGAAUUGGAGGUCACUCAUCGCCACCUGGAGGGAAAACACGAGGCUCUUAGGAUCUUGCAAGGACAGGCAAUCUUGGACAAAGCAACCAGUCACACUAAAAUAUUGCUUCAGAAGAGCGAGGAAAGGACUAAGGCCCUAGAAAAGGAGGUUAAUGCUUUGCAGUGGGAGAUAACAUUCAACCAGGUGCAGUUUAAGAAUGUGGAGAACACGUGGAGUUUAAAAUAUGAGAGGGUGUUAGCAGAAAAUGAAGCCCUAAAGAAAGCGCUAGAGGAGAGGAUGAGAGAGCAUCGCGUGACAAGGGCAGAGAAUGCAUCUCUGAGCCAAAAAUGUAUGGAGCUCCUAUCCAUGCUUAGUGCUAAGGAAAGGAGGGACUUUCAGAGGACCCAGCCUCCCUGCAGCCUGGGAACAGACGGUUCAGCUCUGGAGUUGGCUGUGUAUGGGGCUUGCCAGUGUAACUCCAAUGGGGGCGAGCCAUGCUCUUGUGCUAGAAGUGCUGCUGCAAGUCGUAAACAAGUUCUUCAACUCAAGCAAGAGCUGGAACAGCAGCAAAAGAGGAAAGAGGAGGCAUAUGUGAUGAUGGAUGCUUUCCGCAUUGCUUUUGAGCAGCAGUUAAGGAGAGUCAGUGAGAACAUGCUUCGCCAGGCUGAGACUGAUAGACACCAGACUCAUAACCAAAGACACAAGCGAGGGUCGCUCAGUGACAGACUGAAAAAAAUUCUGCCUGCUGCAAGUGAAGGCAAGAUACCAACCGAAUCCAAUGAAACUCUACACAUGCUGCUUGAUCUGUUAAAUGACAAAGAGGAGGCCUUGGCGCAUCAGAGGAAGGUUAGCUAUAUGCUGGCCCGAAACACUGAAGACUUGGAAAAACGUCUACUGAUGCAGUUAGAGGAGCUUGGCCUCUCACACAAAGACACUAACACAAACGCAAACAAAGAAGCUGCUGAAAAAAAGUGAUUGGAGCAAAGAAAGAAACUUAAGAUGCUCUACUGCUGUGGAUGACAAAAUGUCACUAUUCCUUAGAACCUUGCAGCUGAUACUGAGCAAAACUCAACACCAAACCAACCAUUUUUUGACUUGAGAGAAACUAAGAUUGAUAAUAAAGAUGUUUAAAGGAUUGUGAACACUAUAAAGUUCUGUUUUUUUAUUUAAAGUUAAAUUAAUGCACUAUCUUCAAAUUAAGUGGGUAUUAUGGUUUGUUUCAAAACUGUAAAACGUUUGGACACACCUGAAAAUACGCUUCUCUUGAUCUAAAGUUACUAUCAUUGCUUAAAUGAUUGAAUGUAGUUUUGCAGACAAAUAUAGAUUGUGCCUAUUUAUGAAAGUAUUUACAAAACAAAAACAUUUAUUUAAAAUAAUUUUUGAUCGAUGAGUUGGACAGAGGGAAGGAAAAGGAGUAAACGAUUACCAAGUAUAAAUGGGAACUCCGUCUUUGCCCAAAGUGUACAGGGCUCUAUUCUGGGCAAAUGGCCGCUACUCUGAGGAAUCCAAAAACAAAUUUCAUUGGAUAAUUACCAUGCUUUCAUUUGUGUUAUUUUUAUUUUAAUGUGAUUUUUGAUAUUAUGUAUGUAUUUAUUUAUUAUGUAUUAAAUUAAUAUAAAGCAAUUAAAUAA